AUGGCUGGAUCUGGGCUCCACCAGAUGCCUAUGACAACGUCCUUCUCUAACCACGAUGUUCUCAAAAGAAUUCACGACGUUAUACCUACAAUACGGGAGAUUAAAGAGAUCGGCGGCACUGCAGGCAUGUCCAUUGGAAUCAUGAAAUAUGGAGAAAUUAUCUACGAAGACCACCUGGGUUUCGCAGAUGUGGGAAGUCAACAGGUUGCCGAAUCCGGGACAAGAUACCCAAUCGGGUCCAUAACGAAAUCGUUUGCUGCGGCAACUAUCGCUCAACUGGUUCAUGAGGGCCGGCUUGAGUGGAACAAGCCCAUCACCACGUACUUACCCGAACUCUCAUCCGCCGUCGGUCCAAUGCCUGCGAAUCAGCUCACAUUGGUCGAUCUCCUGUCGCACCAGACAGGUCUGCCCAGCUUCGAUGUCGUAUGGCUCGGGGCAAACAACGAGAUCAAUGUACCCAAGGAAUUUACUACCGCUUUCUGCAAGCACAUGCCACCACUAUACCCGGCGCGUUCCAAGUGGGUGUACAAUAACUGGAUGUACGCGUUAGCUGGCGAGAUAAUCGAGCGAGUGACACAUGGUUCCUGGGGCCAUGCGCUAGAGUCGCGUGUUCUGUCCCCGCUCGGGUUGUCUCAAACUUCAGUCAUAGAAUCGGAAAUACCAGAUGGGUCAACGGCAUUGCGGUAUGCAAUCCUCGAUGACAAGACGCAAUGGCGAAUCGGUGAUGUCAAACUCACAAAUGGAAAUCUAAUGUCCACAGCUGGUGGGAUCCGAAGUACUCUUCCCGAUCUACUCUCGUGGGGAGACCACUUAUUAUCGGUUCUCGACGGUAAAGAGUCGCCUCUCCAUGAAAUGGAAAACAUCUUUUCUGGCCAUAGCUUCAUCAACAAAUCCAGCUCAUUCGACGAAUUGUACGGGCUGGGCUUUGCAAAAGUCACUCUGCCAGCGCAGUUUGGAAAAACAGGGUUCAACCCAGUUCUCCUCGAAUCAAUGCCGGUGAUUGGAUGUAAAUCCAAGAAUGAUCUUGUCUUCUAUCACAACGGCGCACUUCCGGGGUACAACCAUUGUAUCAUCCUGGUUCUAGCGGAACAGAUAGCGAUUGUGGUCAUGACCAACUCUAUCUCGCAAGGUGAUAUUGCUGACUGGGUUGGACAAUCGCUUCUUCAGGCUAUCUUGGACCCUGAGAUCAAAGUAGACCUGCUUUCACUUGCCCAUGAAACAGUUGAGAAGUGGAGGACGGGAUACUUGAAGAUCGUCGAAACGCUCGAGGAGGAACGAAUUCCAGACACCGACCAGCCAUCGCGGAAAGAACUCAUCAGGAAAUAUGAGCAUUCCACAAAGGCGCUUUUCUUCAAUGUGUUUGAGGAAGACGAUCUUCUUAAAUUCAGCAUUAACAACAAGAUUUCACAAACUCACACAUUGACUCAUUAUCAUGGCGACUCCUUUUCCUUCUUGCCCUCGGCAGAGGAACGGAUGAAGCGAGGUCUGUUCCACUAUGGAACACAUGCUUGGCUACUGAAUUUCAAGAGAAAUGACAGGGGAGAUGUCGUGAAACUUGCAUGGGUUAUUGACGAUUUGAUACCGGAGGGAGAGAUUUUUGAGAGAAUUUGA